CCUUGUGCGGGGGGGAAAGAGGAAAAAAAAAAAAGAAAAAAAAAUCGGAAUAAUUCCCAAAAAUCGCCCUUGUUUCUAGAGAGAGAGAGAGAGGAGAGAGAGAGAGAGAGAGAAGGGGCUCGGGGACUCCGACCGCGAUGGGCAACUCCAAACCAGUGGAGAAGAAGAGGAAGAAGAAGGGGCGCCCCUCCCUCCUCGACAUCCAAAAGCGGAGCCUCCGCCUCCAGAAGCAGCAGCAACAGCAAGAGCAACACAAGCGAAACCCUAACCCUAAUCCUAACCCUAACCCUAGCCCUAGCCCUAACCCUAACCCUAACCCGUACCUCCGCUUCCCCCACCACUCCUCCUCCUCCGCCGGCCGCCGCGCAACCCGCCGGAACCCUAACCCCGACCCCCCCGACGCCCCCGAUCCGGGCGCCGCCGACGACGAGGAGGACGACGACGAGGAGGGAUCCAGCGGGAAGCGCCGCGAGAAGAAGCUGAAGCUCGUCCUGCGCCUCCCCACCCGAUCCGCCCCCAAUUCCGCCCCCUCCGGCUCCGAUUCCGACCCCGGGAGCUCCCUCCGCAAGCGCAAGACCCCGGGCGAGGGAGAUCGCGACAAGGGAGAAAGGCACAGUUUGUCGAAAGAGAUAGAUUCUCAUCAAGAUGAUCCAUCAAAUUCCGGGCCCACAACACCCCUUCCAGACAAAGAGCUGUUGUUUUUCGUACUUGAUAGGCUCCAGAAGAAAGAUACAUACGGUGUCUUCUCAGAGGCCGUCGAUCCUGAGGAGCUUCCGGAUUACCACGACAUUAUUAAGCACCCAAUGGACUUUGGGACGGUACGAAAGAAGUUGUCAAGCGGAGCAUAUAAAAAUUUGGAGCAGUUCGAGAAGGACAUCUUUUUGAUUAGCUCGAAUGCCAUGCAGUACAAUGCACCGGACACCAUAUACUAUCGGCAGGCACGGUCUAUACAAGAACUUGCUAAAAAGAAUUUCGAGAACUUGAGACAAGAAAGCGAUGCAGAUGAACCAGAACCUAAGACAGUGCCAAAGAGAGGCCGACCUCCCAGUAAGAACAAGAAAACAGUUGGAAAAGCAUCGGAGGGUGCUGGUUUGGAUUUUUCAUCCGAUGCAGCACUUUCUAAUGCCGUGGGCAAUAAUCAGCGGUCUAUUUCGGAUUAUGACAUGUCAAGAAAAGGACCAGGGGUAGACAAGCCUGGAAACAGGGAAUUGUUUACGGGGGCUUCUCAUGGUCUUCGUGAUACUGAGACAUUUAGUUGGCUUAGCAAUCAGAAAGCUGAAAAAAAUGAAGAAUUUUUAGGGUCUGCUGUGAAAGGGGUUGCAACAAAGUGGGGUAAGAAACCUACUGUUAUAGAUGAGAAUCGUCGGAACACGUAUAGACAGCCUCAGCUGUCUACCAGUGUACACGAGCUUCCUGUGCUGGCCACCUUUGAUGGGGAGAGGAAGCAGCUGGUGCCAGUGGGUCUUCAUGUGGAGUGUGCAUACGCGAGGAGCUUGGCUAGAUUUGCUGCAACCUUCGGCCCCAUUGGAUGGUCCAUCGCUGCAAAAAAGAUAGAACGUGUUUUACCUCCAGGGACCAACUAUGGCCGUGGAUGGGUUGGAGACAGGGAACCUACACAACAGUCUCAGACACCUCUCCUCUCAACUUCUUGCCACCCAUCCCCUCAACUGAAAACCUCUUCAUGCCCCACAAUAUCCAGAACCGAUGAACUUUCACAACUGUUCCAACGACAGGAACCUUCUUCAACGCUUAAAACCGUCAGCGAAGAGCAGUUGAAUAGGACUCCGCCUGCUGCUUCCACGUCUGGUAGAUCCUCGGAAUUUGCGGGCAGUGCAGAGGCCACAAAGAUACCUAAUUAUGGAAAUGGGACGAGCGUAUCAACUGGUGUUGGUGAUAAUAAUAUCCAAGCCAAGGCGUCGCUUCGCACCAUCAACGGCUUCAAUCCUGCUCUUCAAUAUAACAAUAAUAUGCCUCAACAGCUCGGGAUUAGAAAGAUGGUCGGGCCUGCGAGGCCCUUUGGCUCAGAAUUGCAAAUGACGCAUGCUCAGGCACUAAGCAUGGUUUCCAGAAGCGGAAACAACGGGAUUGUUCACAGUCAAAAGCAGAUGCACCAGUUAGAGACGGAGAGAGCAAAGUCGGUAGGGAAUGCAACAAACAGUAGCGCGGAUGAUCCACGGGGCCCGUGGCGGGGGCCGUCGCUGCAGCCGAAGCCUGAGUCUGUUCCUCCCGACCUGAAUGUCGGGUUCCAGUCGCCGGGAUCGCCGGGUUCAGGUGUAGUAGUGGAUUCAAAGCAGCCCGAUUUAGCCUUGCAACUUUGAAGGAAUAGUUUUUAUUCUUCAGAUUUUACUCGGUUAGCAUUGAAGAGGAAGAACCAUGGUGCUGGAAUUAGCCGCAGUUGCGCGAAGUGGUGGACAAGGAAUUGAAAAUUUGAGAUCUUUAGGCGGGCGAGGAGGAAUUGAGAACUUGUGAUAAUCAGGUGGGUACUUAUAUGUAUUAGGACACCAGCACUAUGUUGUAACAAGGGCAAGGCUGGCGGGUGUACAGAUUAAUUUAUGUGUUAGACAUCAUUAUCUUCAGAGGAGCAAACAAGGUGAGCCCAUUUGUAACAUUGGGGUGGGUGGUUAAUGAGUUACCCCACCCAUUUAUUAUUUUAGCUGUGCGCUUUUAUCCAUUUCUCAAACAAACGCAGAAGCACUGUAUCUUCCUUCUACUAUGUAAAGCAGUCCGAGAGUCCCAGAAAAGUCUCUUGAUUGAUGUCUAAA